AGAAGUGCCAGUAGAGGUUGAAGUAGCGCAAAGAGUAACAAUCCUACAACACAAACAAUUGCUCCAUUUUGUUUUGUUGAUCAAGUUUUGUUGAAAAAUUCAUCCCAUUCUAAACUCUAAUUGCUUUAAUAUUAAAUAACGAAAGCACAAUGGCGCAUCCAUCCGGUUUCUUGCAACAGCAAGGCGGCUCGUCAUCGAGCUCGGCCGUGCCCCAGGGUGACUACCUAAUGCAGCCCGACACAUACAUGUAUAACCCGCUUGAGUCUAUGGAUUGCACGUACGCGGUCCCUGCCGCCCUCUACGAGGAUCCUCCAGACGCUAAGCAACCCGGGAAUACUUCUACAAGUGGUGGCAGCAGUUCUUCUUCAUCUGCAAGGCCCGGUGCAGCACCAGUUAAGGUUUCUUUUUCUUACUUACAAAAAUGAAAGGCGUGAUGCUGAUGCUGAUGAUAGAAUUUGUGUAUUGUGCAAGGUUUAUUAUUGAAGAUUCUGUGGCAUUUCUUUUGCCAUACUAGGACGCAAUCAAUUUCUGAGUAAGAAAUAAGAAUUCACGUCAGUGGAAUGUCCUGUUGAGUCUCUGUCUUCUAAGACUUGUGCGAGCAGUGGUAUCAAUCCUGGCGAUUCCGAGGCAGUGGGUUUCGUCGGUGGGCGCGUCGGGUCAGCCUACGGAAGCGUGGUGAAAAAUGGCAUUCCGGUAGACUCACCAGAGCAUGGCGCAGAGUACCACGUUUUCCAGGAAGGGGCGACCAAAUACGACGUGCGGUUGAACCAAGUGAAUUUGUCGCGGAACAACAACAAAUACUACAUCAUCCAGCUUCUCGAACACGAUCAGUUAAGAAUCCUGUCGUCGAAGAAGUUGUACCUCAUCAAACUGAAACUAUGCAAGUAUUUCCAGGAGGAGUAUAGUGAAGUGAACGGGCAUCCACUAAUGUAUGUGCAUGUGGACCUAUACUACUUUACUUCUCAGUGCGAGGUUGGCACACGUUUGUACGCAAGACUGCUUGGGACAUACAAUUUGAGGAGAGUACUAGAGCUCGUUCUUCUAAGCACAAAAGGCCCGGACGACCGGACUGCGAAGGCCUACAAGCUGUGGACGCGAUGGGGCCGCACAGGCUACGACGGACAGCACGCGGACCUCACUUUCAGUCCGAAUAUUCAUCGAAACGCUAAGGAGUCGGCGCUUGCAGCUUUCCGUGACAAGUUUCGAGAAAAAACAGCGAACACAUGGGGAUCAGUCUUUCAGCCGGUGGACGGGAAAUACACUUGGUUACAGAUGAUGACGCACAAUACUAGCCGGCCGAAAAAAAUCUUUGAACCCUCAACUUAAGGCUUCCACACUCAAUUCAUCUCCUGCAGCAUCAAUCUACUGGCAAGGGUAUAUUUGUGUUAAUCGCAUAAGCAGUUGUCCUUCAAAACCACGUUUUUAGUAGACUGCUUGUUGUGCUAACGAGAGAAAACAAACAACACCACCAAGAAGGAGAGGAUGCUUGUUCAUCUCAAGAUGAAUUUCCUUAGCCAAGUCUAAUCAACUCUCUCCUCCGACCUGCAGGAAUUGAUGGAACUCAUCUGCGAUGAUGGUAAGAAAUCGCCUAAAGAUUCCACUCGCAUUGUUAGCCAGAAUUGUCUUGUUCCCCAAGUAGUAUACCCAUCAUACACCGUCUCUACUUGUUCUUUUUCUUUCCGUCUAGUACCCCGGUGUACCAAAAGAAAGACGCGACUAGAAACUCUGAUCUUGUUAGUUAACCUCACCGUCAUCAUGAUCAUGAAUGUAACAACCACAAACCUACUUGCCACCAGACUUGGUCGACCAGGAGGUGACAGAGAUCGGUUACGACAGCGUGAAAGUGCAACUGGCUACGGUGGGCCAGGCAACUAUCACCGAUGCUUUUCAAAUUCUUGAGCAGAUACAUAGAGAACUGCAGAAGCUCGAUCGCAACCCAGAGAUGCUGGAAAAACUCACAAGCGCCUACUUCACACUCAUACCACAUAACAUGGGCUUCAAAGAUAUGAAGGUACUUGAGUCCUCAGUCUGAGUCUCACUCUCAGCUUCAUCCAAAAUGAAUCUGAAUGCGCUGCUGCUGUUUCGUUUAUCAUGACGUAGAAUCCUGAUCAAAAAGGUGACCCUUGGUCUUGUAGAGGACACACGAUAAGAAGCACUAGCAUUUGUGGUGUGUUGACGGUUUUUUUGCAGUUGCACAAGUGCAAGAAGUUCCAAUCAUCAGUCGUUAACAACAAAUCGUCACCACAUUGAAAUAAAACAGAACUUCGCCGUAAAUACGUUCCAGAAGUUGGGCUCAGAGGUAACGAUGCUCCGACGACUGGAGCAAGUCGCCAACGGGUAUCGUUCUAUGCGUCGAUCAGCUUCAGAUAAGCGCCAUCCUCAUGACCACGCUUACGCGACUAUCGGCAGAAAACUAACUCCGCUAGCACGGGAUCACCCUCUCUCCGUCCUCGUCAACUACGCCACACAGAAUCUGCGAGGUAUCUAUUAACUUAGCUUCCUUAAAGGAAUUGGCAAAUUAAUGAAAAUGAAUAAGAAGAUGAGUCUCAAUGCGCCAGGGAUGGGAAUGGUUUUCAGGGAUCGCAUACUUCCGGUUUUCACUAGUAACUGAUGAAAUUUGAAAAGUUUCACCUGAGAAAUACAAACAUGCGGUUGGGGUGAACCUCAUGAUUACCGCAAUUACCAGCCGCGCGCCAUCGUAGCUUCCGCAUGACGCUCGAGCGAAUAUUUGCAGUCGAGAAGCGGAACGAGUCGAGUCCAUUGCACAAUAAGCAUCUGCUGUGGUUCGGAGCGCCUCUGAAGGAUUGGGCGACGAUACUGCGAGACGGGUUGUCCCUGCCCUCUGUAGCACCAAAAAGCACGAAGGAUGCCCUGAACAGCAUGCAACAGGACUGGUGGACUUCACUGCCAUUCGAGGAGACAGAAUCGCAGAGUCUUGGAGGGCCGGCGCUUUAUUUUAUGGCAGCAUAGCGACCCAUGAACAACUGCGAAUAAGAAAAGUAAAGUGUACGUAACUUCUUCAGCACGAUAAGAAAGACGAAGACAUAUCUCUAUUCUAUCGGAUUGGCAAUUCUUCCGCUUCCUGGCCUAAGGUUAGCGUGGCUUCCACUGAGCAAAAGUGCUCUACUUCUAAUUAUUUCACCGAUUGUCUCAGUUAUGCUGCUUGGAAAUGCUGCGCAACCGAGAAUGAUAAUCGGGGCUGUCUCAUGCUUUGCGAAGUGGCACUGGGUGAAGUCCUUACCGUUUCCAAGAGUCGCCCAGAUCUAAAUGCUGCCACGCUAGCGAUAGCAUCUCCCACAGACCUCGCAAGUACUGGCCACUAUUGAAGAAAAGCAUACUAAGUACUUCGACUAAUGAAGAUGAGAGGUUUUUGUGGAAUCAUGACUAUGCUAUGUCUAACAAGAAUGUUGAAAUACUUCGAUUAUUCAUCUUUAAACAAAAAAGGUGGAGGGCGCAUGCGAAAAUUGCAUUCUGCGCUGGCGGUGGGUACGGAUCAGCCAACUCAGUAUGUGCAGUUCCGGCGAAAAGCGCAGCUUGACACCUACACCGCAUCGAGCGAGGGCGCGCAAGCAAUGGAUAUAGAUGUUAUGGUGCAGGAGAGUUUUGACCUGACUAAACAUUGCCAUUCGACUAUGCGCGUGCUGGUUGUACUCAACAUCCGAGAGAUCUGAUCCGGCCUCUACCAGUAGAUCAACAAUGUUGAGAUCUGAAAAUGGAGUUUGGAUAUUAAGUGGCAUGAAAACCUACACCGUAGUACCCAGACCAACAUAGAAAGUGAAUGCGGAUAUUUUUGUAUGGAACUUGAAUGUGUACAGCCUUACCAGGAUCAAAAAACGAUAGCUCUAAACAUGGAGCUUCUAGCACGAGUGGCGCAGACGAAGACGUCGUGAUGUCGGUGGGCAUGAUGCAGAAGGUAGACCUGGUUCAGAAUACGACUUUUGCAUUGAACGAAUACGCAGUCUACGACACAGCCCAGGUAGUCCCGCGUUUCUUCUGUCAGUUCGAAUUUGCAUUCGACUAG